UCUUUCCGCGCUUGUGUGUCUGUCUGUGUUCAGGGAGGCGGCGGGUGGCUGCAGCCCAUGGAGCGUCAAUGCAAAAAUUUGACCAAGGAUACUGCUAAGGUCCGAUUAAGAAAGCAUGAUGUUGGAACCAAGUUUUCCCAGUGGUUAUCAACUAAAUACUCUGUCCUACUACCUUUGUUGGUUAAAGAAGGAAAGAUUUAUCUGCUUUUCACAGUCCGAUCAAAGAAGUUACGUACCUCACCAGGGGAAGUGUGCUUCCCAGGGGGUAAGAGUGAGCCAGGAGACACAGAUGAAGUCGCCACGGCUCUCCGGGAAGCUGAGGAGGAAGUUGGACUUCAGCCACACCAAGUAGAAGUCAUCUGUCGUCUUGUGCCACGUAUAAACAAGAAUGGUGCCAUGAUAACCCCAGUUGUGGGAUUUAUAGACAGUUCAUUCCAGGCCCAGCCUAAUCCACAUGAAGUGAGUGAGGUGUUCCUGGUGCCUCUGGAGUUUUUCCUGAGUCCACACACAUACUAUUCCUUUUACUCAACUAUUUUUGGUCACCGUUGUCUUGUUCAUUGCUUUGGCUACAUGGAUCCCCAAAAUCAAUCAACCUAUCAAAUAUGGGGGUUAACAGCACAGUUUGCACUGCUGACUGCACUCAUUGUUUUGCAAAAGCAACCUUCCUUUGAUGUUGAAUAUGAUCUCAAUGAUCUCAUGUCAUCCUCUGAGCGAUACUUUGUAAAGAUACACAGAACCGUCAAGAGCAAGUUAUGAUCUAGAUAUGGAAACAUCCAGGUACGUGUUCAUGUACCAGCCUGAUUCUCAAACAAAGGAUCCUACUCCUGGCACAAGAUUUGAUGUUUGGGUUAAAUUAUACUACAGGCUCCUUGAAAGCCUGGGUUGAGAGCUUUAUGGAUUAUGUUGUUUUUCAUCUUUGUAUCCCCAGUGCCAAGCUCAUUGCCUUACAAAUGGAGGCUUAAUAAAUGUUUAUUGAACUGAAAAAUGUAUUUUCUUGACAGGUUGUCUAUAGCACUGAACUAAUUUGAUUAUGCUUUAAUCAAUAUCAAUUUUCUGACAGA